AUGUUUAACUUGCACAAUGAAGACGUUUCUAAGUUGCGAUUUGGUAAUUUGGAAGUUGCAUACAAAUUUUACUGUUGGUUUGCAAAGAUGAACGGUUUUGCUGUUCGCAAAGGGCAAGAUGUUAGAAAUAAAGAUGGAGUUCUUGUUCAAAAAACAUUCGUUUGUAACCUAGAAGGCUACAGGAAAGACCGUCGCGAUUUAACUGAAGUGACGCGCAAGCGUGGUCCGAAACACGAAACCAGGUGUGGUUGCAGUGCAAGACUUCGAGUGCAUAUUGAUAUAAUUUCGGGUCUCUGGUACAUUACUAUUUUCAUUUUUGAGCACAAUCAUUAUAUGUUGACGGAGAAGCACUGUGGGCUAUUGGCAGCACAUAGGAAACUUACAAAAUCAGAUCAGAUUCAAAUUAAGAACUAUGGUCAAGCUGGGAUAAAGGUUGCUCAAAUGAUCGGUGCGUUUGCCAAUGCUGCGGGAGGGUAUGAUAAGGUAGGGUUUUUGAAGAAGGAUUUGCACAAUCAAAUUCAAAGACAAAGAAAAGAAACGUCUUCUGAUGCUAAAGGUGUUGUUAAGUACCUUCUAGGUCUUAGGACUAAAGAUCCAUUGAUGUUCGUUGCACACACGGUCGAUGCUUGUGGUAGGUUGCAAAGCUUAUUUUGGUGUGAUGGAGAAAGCCAAAAGAAUUAUGAGGUUUUUGGUGAUGUGUUGGCAUUCGAUGCUACAUAUAACAAAAAUAAAUACAGGUGCCCGUUUGUUGUAUUUUCCGGUGUCAACCACCAUAAUCAGACAAUUAUCUUUGCCACUGCUGUAGUUUCUAAUGAGGUUGAAGGCACAUAUGUGUGGUUGUUGGAGCAAUUUUUGCUUGCGAUGAAAGGCAAGGCCCCUGUUUCUGUAAUAACAGACGGUGAUGUAGCUAUGAGGAAUGCAAUAAGGAGAGUAUGUCCUAAUAGUUAUCAUAGGUUAUGUGCUUGGCAUCUUCUUCGAAAUGCCAUGUCUAACAUUGGUAACCUAGAGUUCAUUCCAUACUUGAAAAAAUGCAUGCUUGGCGAUAACGAUGUUUGGAAAUUUGAGAAACUGUGGAAUGAAAUGAUAGAUAAGUUUGGGCUUCAAGACAACAGUUGGAUCAAAGAAUUGUACCAGAAAAAGAAGAUGUGGUCAACAGCCCAUAUUAGGGGGCAUUUUUUUGCAGGAAUACGAACGACGUCGCGGUGUGAAGCAUUUCACAGUCACAUGGGUCAGUUUGUCCACUCAAAGAUGAAUAUGACUGAUUUUGUGAAGCAGUUUAAUAGAUGUGUAUGUUAUUUUCGCUUCAGGGAGGUGGAGGCGGAUUUUCAUUCACAAUAUGGAAAUGCUGUCUUGCAGACCCCUCUAAGGUCACUCGAGAGGUCUGCAUCAAAACAAUUCACACAUGAGAUUUUCUGCUUGGUACGUUCUGUACUAAAAAAGGUUUCCCUGAUAUCAUUAUGUGACACUCAAGAGAUGGCAUCCUUUUCAAUUUAUUCUGUGACGAAGUAUCAAGACGAAGGACAUGUUUGCCGUGUAUCUCACAGUCCAUCAAACAAUGAAUUUAAAUGUUCUUGUCUUAGAAUGGAAUCAAUUGGAAUUCCUUGUGAACACAUCGUGGCAAUUAUGGUAUAUCUUGAUACUGUUGAAUUCCCGACUAAUCUUGUGUUGAAUCGAUGGUCUAAAUUUGCAAAGGACUCAAUUCGUGGUAAUGUUAACGAUGGUUCACAUUACUGGGAUUCACAUUUGGUUGCGAGACAUGCCAAUUUGGUGCAUCUUAGCAAGGAAGUUUCCGAUUUGGCUUACAAGGAUGUUGAUGAUUAUAAAAACUAUUUGGAUUAUCUAACCAAUGAAAUCACGAGGCUUAAAUCAAAGUACGUUGGUGAUAACGGUCCUGUGAAUUUAAAUGGUCCGGUCGAAGUUGAUAACAUAUUGAACCCUUCCUGUGCAAGAAGCAAAGGCGGUGGACCCAGUUCCAACAACACUACAGCUGGGAGAAGCAGGCGUCCAGGAACAUGUGGCGGAUGCUCCCAAGUUGGACACAACAUAAGAUCUUGUCCUAACCUGGCUGAAGAUGGAGAAUUUCCUGCAGCCAGUUCUGUUCAAUCAAUGUCUGUACGGUUAAGCGGUAACAAUUACGAAGGCUACGUCAACACCAGAUAG